AAUAGUAAAAAAAAGGAAGAAAGUCACAAAAGAAAGGCAGUAGGAAGAAAGGAGGAAGGAGGAAGGAAGACAAUGAUCAAAGAAAGGCAAUACGGAAGAGCCAGCCCUCCCUCUCCUCCACCCGCCGCCCCGUGAUCAGCUGACAGAGUGUAAACAAACAAGAGCGAGUCACUUCAGGCUUGAAUAGGCCUACACUUCCCAGGUUAAUGAGCCCCCCGUAAGCCAGGUGAGGAGCCGGGGGGUGCCAUAGGGAGCCACUACGCCUACACGUGGCAAUUCUUGUGAUAAAUCGUACCAAUAGCGGCUUCUCAGCAAUCACCCAGAGGAGGAACACCCACCCUUACUUCUCCUGUCCACCCACCUUCACUCACCCACCCAGCCACCCUCCAAGCCACCCACCAAGCCACCCACCAAGCCACCCACCAAGACACCCACCAAGACACCCACCAAGACACCUCAGCCAGCCAGCCAUCAGCAAGCUAGUUUGUGAAGUGGUGAGGUGACAUCAGUCUUCUCCAGCCAGCCAGCCAGCCAGCCAGCCAGCCAGCCAGCCAGCCAGCCAGCCAGCCAGCCAUCCAUCCUCCAGCCCAGCUCAGUCCGCCCCAGCCCCACACUACCAUGGCUCAUAGUGUGGCUAAUGGACUGGCUGCAGAAUCACCUGAUGAUGAGUUCAGGUUUUCCUCAGAUCUAAGCCUGGAGGACAUUCGGACAGAGCAACAUAGGUUCUGCCAAGAGAGGGACUGGCUGCAGUUUCACCCGCCUCGCAAUGUUCUCCUAGCUAUGGUGGGGGAGGUUGGGGAGCUGUCCGAGUUGUUUCAGUGGCGUGGGGAGGUCUCCCGCGGCCUCCCAGAGUUCUCAGCCCACGACAAGAUGCGCGUUGGAGAGGAGCUGAGCGACGUAUUAAUCUACCUGGUGGACUUGGCGGAGCAGUGCAGAAUUGACCUUCCCUCGGCAGUAAGGGACAAGAUGCAGAAGAAUGCACUUAAAUAUCCAGCCCACAAGGUGUCCGGCCGCAGCGACAAGUACACCUGUUACCUGGAGGAGGGUGCUGAUGGGGGGGGUGGUGGGCAGUGAGGUGGUGAAGAGUGGGGCAGUUCAUGAGAGGCAGAGGGAGGAAGGGGAUGGGAGCGAGUGACUGAGGUCAUUUAUGUCUUGUUUUUGUCUUCUGUCUGGCUGGGUGAUCUUUUUUGUUUGUCUUACCGUUUUCCUGCUCUGGUUUGCUAUUAAGUACUUGAAUUAGGAUCUGUUUUUUUGUACGAAUGCAUGUUUUAAUUGUUUAUUUAUUUAUUUAUUAAUUUCUUUUUUUGUGUGUUUAUUUGUUCAUUUUUUGUGUAUGGUUUGUUUACGUUCAUGUGUUUUUUGGGGGGGAGGGUUUCAAUAAGGGUUCUGCUUUUCAUGGUUCCUUUAUGAUGUUUUUUUUUUUUCUUAUUUUUUUAUGUGGUUUGUUGUCAGGUGUUUGAAUGACAGUUGUGUCUUCAGAUUUCUUUUGCUCUUUUCUUUUCUUUAUUUCCUCUUCUUUUUGUUGAGUGGCUCACUACUUUUCAUGUUCACUUUUGGCUGUGGUUCUUACUGUGGUUCACUGUUAGAUUUAGGAAUUAAGGUUGUAUUUCCGUUUAUCUUUCCUCCUUACUGUGGUUCAAUGCUUUUUUUCACUUCUGGUUUGCUUUUGGCUAUGGUUCUUACUUUGCUGCUGUGGUUCACUGUUAGAUUUAAGAGCUAAGGUUCUAUAUUCUUACUAUUUAUCUCUCUUCCUUUUUUUUUUUACUCUGGUUCUGUCUUUUCUUUCCCACAGUUCACCAUCAGGUAUUUGAACCAGCCAUAUUUUCCUUUCUUUCUUGCUUUCCUCCUUUUUCUGCUGUGGUUCUACUCUGCUCUUCCUUCUUCCUUUAUUCUGGGUCACUGCAAGCCAUUUCAACUAAGGGUGUUUUUUUUUUUUAUUCUUUUCUUUCUUUUUUUUCUCUCACCCACCACCAAAACUCAAAUAAGAUAUAGUAAACUUAUUCUCUUUUUUUCUCUCUCUCUUUCUCUUUCUCUCUCCUCUCUCUCUCUCGCCUUUUUUCGUAUUUUUGUAAGUUUGUACGUACGUAUAUAGAAAAGUAAGUGAUUUUCUCAUUUUCUGUUUCUCUCUCUCUCUCUCUCUCUCUCUCUCUCUCUCUCUCUCUCUCUCUCUCUCUCUCUCUCUCUCUCUCUCUCUCUCUCUCUCUCUCUCUCUCUCUCAUUCCUUCCUUCCAGUUCAGGUUCUCAGUAAAUAAAUAAUAGUAAUAAUUAUAUUUUAAAAGUAGAAUUCUUGUUUUUUAUAUAAUAUUUAGGUUAAUCAUUCUUUCCUCCCUUCCUUCCCUUCCCUCCUUCCUUCCCUCCCUUCUUCCCCCACCCCAAAAAUACCUCGCUCCCUCCUUCCCUCCCUCCUCCCUUUCGUCAUCCCUUCUUCCCCUCCAUUCCUUUCCAUCUCUCCUUCCCUUCAUCCAUCUCUCCUUCCUCCUUUACUUCUUUUCUCCUUUCCCUUUCCUUCUUCCUUUCUCCUUCCACAUUUCUCUCUUUCUUUUCUCCUUCCUCCUCUCUUUUCCCUCUUACUUCUCUCUUCCUCUCCUCGUACUGUCUCCUCUUACUUUAACGUACUUGCAUUCUCUCUCUCUCUCUCUGUCUCUCUUUCUCAGGUGUGCUUUUCGGGUCAAGGGCUAUGGGAGGAGGUCAGGUCAUGUCAGGUCAGUUCGUUGAUCAAAAAAUGAAGAUUACGGGUUAGGAAAGUGUUUGUACCACCGCCAUCACCGCCGUAUUGCUAAUCCAUUGUACCUUGAUAUUUGUUGUGCGUUCACGUGAUAUACAAAGGUUAUGAUUGUGAAGGUUUUUUUUUUUUUUUUUUUUCUUUUUUUUUUCGUUCUUGUUUAUUUAUUUAUUUGUUUAUUUUUAUUUUAUUUUAUUUAUUUAUUUAUUUUUUUUUUUUUGGGGGGGUGUGGUUUAAUUGAUCUUGAAAUUGUAUUGCUUAUAAAUUUGUAUAUGUUAAAUGUAUGGUGUUUGUAUUUUUGUUUUUACUUAUUUUGUUAUGUUUUUACCUAUUAUUAUUAUUAUUAUUAUUAUUUUGUAUUUAUUUAUUUAUUUAUCUAUUUUACUUUAUUUUGAGAGGAAAGAUAUGAUUUGAUCUCCGUUUCUGUGACCAAAGGUUCCUCGGGUUAUGUGUGUGUAGCGCUGCACACACACACACACACACACACACACACACACACACACACACACACACACACACACUUAUUAAUCUAGCAUCUGAAGACCAAGCUUAUUAAUUUAUUCAUCAAUUUAAUAUUUUCUUCCUGAUGCAUUAACACAGCCAGUUCCAUGCAACAAUUGAAAGCAACACAUUUCAGGCAAAGCAACACAGGAGCAGACUCAGUAUACAGCAGCCCAUUAGCCUGUAUUCUCUGUAUUUGCUUGCUCCCUUGUCUUUGCCAUGUCUAACAGGCUGUAGUGAAAGUUAUUGGAGUUCUCAAGGGUAUUUUCUUGAUUCCAGUGAUAGCCUGAUCAAAUUUGUGUGUUGUCAGUGGGAAAAUAUCCUUGAAAAUUGGCUUAUUCUCUCCAUGGCCUUGAAAAGAGUCCUAGUGAGAGAGCAAAGUGUAAUGCAAAAGUCUGUAUCCUCAAAAAUAUCAGUAUCUUCUCCCUGCUGCUUCCAACUCUCUGUGGGGGAAGCUGUGGGGGUUGUCAAGGCUGUUUUUUCAUGAUUCUGGUGACAGUCUGACCAAAUUUCUGUAUUGUUAAUGGGAAAAUACAUUUGAAAACUUUACUUAUUUUCUCUAGUCUGACCAAAUUUCUGUAUUUGUUAAUGGGAAAAUACCCUUGAAAACCUGACCUAUCUUCUCUGUGGCCUUGAAAACAGUCCUGUGAGAGAAAAGUGUUGAAGAAUGCAGACUGUAGAAGUUAACACAGGGUUGAAAAAUGUGUCCCUUACAGCAUUUAAUGAAGGACUUGAAGGGCCGAUCCACACUGCACAGGGACGGUCACACUCAGGUCACCGUCCAGUCACACGUUACAAGCUUUUCAAUAGGGACUGUGACCUGAGCUUGACCUGAGUGUGACCUGAAUGUGGCCUGAGUGUGACCCCAUAGUGUGUGUCACCCUUAAAAGUGUUCUGUUGAUGAUCUGUUGCUUUUUCAAUUGGUACAUUACAGGUUUCUUACUGCUAUAUAAUUGUCCUAAGUGAUCUUAAUGCCUAUGUAACUUGUACCUGUAACUGUGUGGUGUCUGUCUUAUUUAUACUUAAUUUAAUGUGGUACCAUGAACUUUACUUUUUUUCUUCUUUUUCUUUUAUUUUUCUCAAGAUGGCAUGAUUAUGUGGACUCAGGUGCUUUUUUCUCUCUGUGUGUAUAGUUGAUGUGUGAGCGGUGUGGGGUGAAGGAGCUGUGUCUUGGCAGGCAGUGUUAGGUGUUCAUGUGUUGGCUUUACACUGGAGGAGUUAUUGUGGAGGGAAAGUUGAACUAAUUGUGUUUGUGUUGGUGUGUAUGUGAAGGUCAAAGAGUGAAGGGAAGACAAUAACCAUGCCUGUGUUUUUGUACUUGGAAGGUGAAAAUUUGAGGAAAACGUGUGCAUUUUUUGUAUGAGCUGAAAAACUGGAAGAAAUAAAACAAAUAACUGGAAGAUGGAAAUUGAAAAAAAUUGUAUUUUUGUGCUUGGUGAAAAAAUGAAAAAAAAUCAUGUUUUUUCUUUGCUUGGUAAAAAAUUGAAAAAUUCAUUGUAUAUGCAUUAUUUUGUACUCAUUACAUGAAAAAUAGAAGAAGAUAUGUCAAUAUAUGCCAUUUUUUUUACUGGAAAGCUAAAAUUAACAAAAAAAGCAUCAAUACAUUUUUUACUUGAAAGAAAAAAAGACCUAGAAGAAAAUUAACAAUAAUUGCAUUUUAUUGCUGGAAAGGAAGGAAAAAAAGACCCCAAAAUGCUCACGUUUGUGUUGGUUUGUACUAAAAAAAAACAAGGAUUUAAAUCAAACUGCAACCACCCAUUAGUCAAAUUUUGUAUGUGGGCAGCGGAGCGAAGGGAAGGAGUCACUGGCGGCGAUGAACGGUUGUUGUAAUCUAAGCACAAACCUAGCAAUUAGCAGCAAAUGGUGUACUGAAAUCAAAGGCCAUUACUAUUACUGUUAAAACGUUUAUAGAAUAGUUUGUAGUUAGGAGUAGUCUUUUAGGCAUGGUAGCUCUAGUUCUCUAAGCUUCAUUCAGUAAGUCGGUCUCCUUACAGUCUACUAUCACUAAGAGGGUGCGUGCAUGCGUGUGUUGCUGGGCUGUCACUGGCCACUGCAAUGUUACUGCAUGUGUAAUAAAACAUUCCCCAUUA